AUGACAAAGGGUAGCGUUGACCAUUUUGAGAAUAUUUCAUCUACUGGAACUGAACACAAGUCACUACAUUCACGUAUCAAUGAAUUGGAAGAGCAUAUUCUUGGUAAAGUUACCACAAGUGAUGAUGGUGCCUAUGUUAUCUUGGACAACAAAAAGUAUCCUAAGUCAGAAUUAGUCAAGGCUUUUGGUGGUUUCAUGAACCCUGGUUGGGCUAUUCCUUCGGUUCACAAGUUUGGUAAUCCAGCUCCUUUAGGUUUAUGCGGCUUUGCUUAUUGCACCUUUUUUGCAUCAUUGGUCAACAUGCGAACUAGACAUGUUGAAAAUGAUGCUUUAAAUAUGGGUGCUGCAAUGUUCUAUGGUGGUUUUAUCCAGUUCAUUGCCGGACUUUGGGAAAUCUCGCUUGAAAACGCUUUUGGUGGUUUGGCAUUUUGCUCUUUUGGCGGCUACUGGAUGGCAGUGGCUGCGAAUCAUAUUCCUUGGUUCAAUAUUGCCAGUUCUUAUGCAACCAAAGAAGAGAUGAAGUCUGCUACCGGAUUUUUCCAUCUUGGUUGGGUGUUAUUCACUGUCCUCUUGGUCACUUGUACAGUGAAAUCUACUGUCCUGUUUUUCACAUUAUUCAUUUUUGUUUUAAUGAGAUUGAUUUUGUUAACGGCUGCAGAUCUGGCGGACAGUCAUGCAUGUGAGUUUGCUGCUGGGGUCUUCGGUAUUUUGGCUGCUCUUUUAGCUUGGUACCACGCAUAUGCCGGUUUAGCUACUCUCCAAAACUCGUAUUACGUUGUUGAAUCAAAACCAAUGCCAAUUAUUAAAACAAAAAAACAAAAACUACUAGAAUCUAAUGGAUCUGAUCAGGAAUCCAUUUAA